UUGCAAUUCCCCCUUAAGGUCUGUUUCGCAAUGAUGAUCAAUAAGUCUCAGGGUCAAUCACUGAAAACAGCAGGAAUUGAUCUUAGGGGGGAUUGUUUCUCGCACGACCAGUUUUACGUGGCCUGCUCGAGAGUGAGCUCAUCUAGCAGCUUGAUCGUGUUAGAAUCUGAAGACAGAACCUCUAAUGUAGUAUAUAAAGAAGUACUUUCAGCAUAG